UAAGGUUAUAAUUAGGCCGGAAAAAAUGUCUUCCGACGGUCUAGCAGUGCUAAGUGCACUGGAUUCCGCACGAACACAAUGGUACCACGUGACCGCCAUCGUGAUCGCCGGAAUGGGUUUUUUCACCGACGCUUAUGAUCUCUUCUGCAUCUCCACCGUCUCCAAGCUCUUGGGGCGGUUAUAUUACUAUGAUCCGUCCAAGGACGCGCCCGGAAAGCUGCCGGCGGGGAUUAAUAAUCUCGUGAUUGGGGUGGCGCUGGUGGGUACACUUUCCGGCCAGCUGGUGUUUGGGUGGUUAGGGGAUAAGCUCGGCCGGAAAAAAGUGUAUGGGCUUACGUUAAUACUUAUGGUGUUUUGUGCCCUUUGUUCCGGGAUGUCUUUCGGGUUUAGUCCGAAGUCCGUGAUGGGCACGCUCUGCUUUUUCCGGUUCUGGCUCGGGUUCGGGAUCGGCGGGGAUUACCCGCUCUCCGCCACUAUUAUGUCGGAGUACGCUAAUAAGAAGACAAGAGGGGCGUUUAUCGCGGCGGUUUUCGCCAUGCAGGGGGUUGGGAUUAUCUUCGCCGGGCUGGUUUCUAUGAUUGUGUCAAAGCUGUUUCUGAAUUGGCAUAAAGGGCCUAGGUUUCACGAUGACGCGAUUCUUUCGACGGAGCCGGAGGCGGAUUAUGUGUGGCGAAUUGUUCUGAUGAUGGGCGCACUUCCGGCGAUGUUAACGUACUAUUGGCGGAUGAAGAUGCCGGAAACCGGCCGGUACACGGCGCUUAUAGAAGGGAACGCCAAGCAAGCGGCGGUGGAUAUGGGGAAAGUUCUGGAUAUCGAAAUCCAAGCUGAGCAGGAUAAGUUGUCACAGUUCAAAGCCGCGAAUGAGUAUAAAUUAUUCUCCGACGAAUUCUUCCGCCGCCACGGGCGGCACUUGAUCGGAACGAUGACCACGUGGUUCUUACUCGACGUGGCAUUCUACUCGCAAAAUCUCACUCAAAAGGAUAUUUUCCCGGCGAUGCAUCUCACGCGCAAGCCGAAUGAAGUUAGCGCUCUGAGAGAAAUGUUCGAGACGUCACGCGCCAUGUUCGCCGUCGCCCUGCUCGGCACGUUCCCCGGCUACUGGUUCACCGUUUUCUUCAUCGAGAAAAUCGGGAGAUUCAAAAUCCAGCUCGUCGGAUUUUUCCUCAUGUCGAUUUUCAUGGCGAUCAUCGGAGUCAAAUACGAUUACCUCAAGGAAGAGGAUCACAAAUUGAUGUUCGCCACUCUCUACGGCCUGACGUUCUUCUUCGCGAACUUCGGGCCGAACAGCACGACCUUUGUGCUGCCGGCGGAGCUCUUUCCGACGCGCGUGAGAUCCACGUGCCACGCGCUGAGCGCCGCCGCGGGAAAGGCGGGCGCGAUCGUUAGCGCUUUUGGGGUGCAGUAUUACACGCUGGAUGGGAACGUGAAGAAAAUAAAAAAGGCUAUGUAUCUUUUGGCCUUCACUAAUAUGCUAGGGUUUUUCUGUACGUUCUUGGUGACGGAGACGAAAGGGAGGUCUCUCGAGGAAAUCUCCGGCGAGGAUGGCGGGAAGGACCGUGAGGUCGAGACUCAGAUGGCCGCCGCCAAUAGGCCGCCGACGGAGGCGCAGCCGCCGUCGUCUAGAUACUCGGAAGCUUCCUGGGAUUGAUGUA